UUGACUUUGGUMURUGUGAWGCUUGCRCGUGACUAAACCACGUGACAAGAGAGAAAUACAGCAACAGAGAAUUUCAGCACAAUAUUCAGUGAAAGCAGAGACAGAAGUGAUUGUAGCUGUUAUUACUUUGAUAGAGAGCUUAUGCUAUAAACCGUUUAUAUCUUGAACGACAUUUCUUUUUACAUUUGACUUCAGAAGGAAACACAAUCAGUGUAUUCAGUGUUAUACAAACGUAUUCGCUAGCUGCUGAUAUAUUCACCAUUAUCAGACCAGUAUAUUGACCCAAUCGACUUCGAAGGCUUCCACUGCAUAAAGAAACCUCCGGUAUAUCCAUAGUCCKCGAUUCCAGAGUUCCAAGAUGUACUUCUUUUUCGAAGACCAGUGUAUUAACGCUACCGUUCCCACCACCCUGUCYUUCACAACUGCUGGUGUCUUGAGCCUGCUUUGUUUCUUCACAKURCCUGGAAAUCUCUUAGUGGUGCUCGCAGUGUUUAUUGAUCCUAACAAAGAACUACGAUCACCUUUUAAUUACUUUGUGGCGAAUUUAGCUAUGGCUGAUCUKGUGGUUGGUCUCGUCACAGAACCAGUGUCAGUUAUAUACCAYGUAAAAGAGGGAWUGGGACUUCUGGACGCCGGAUCUCCAGYAAUCCACAUGCCUUUCUUUAUAUCAUGCACAGCUUCAAUUUUAAGUCUUUUAGUGUUGACUUUAGAUCGAUAUGUCGCGAUAACUUCGCCGUUUAAGUACAAGACMCGGCUCAAUCCAGGCCGCGCGGCUUUGCUUUGCGGAGGAGUCUGGGCCAUUUCGCUKGGACUGCCGUUUGUAUAUUUCUACAUUGGUUAUAUUCCUUACGCGUUYUUAUUCGCUAAUAGUGCUAUACUUGUAACAUUUGUGGUUCUACUAUUCGCGUACAUACGGAUUUAUAAGAUAUUCCGUGAUCAAGUAAAAGGCUGGGAUGCACUGCAUGCAGGGACKGAGGAAAAUAUACGAAAGAAAAAAGCCGUACGCUGGGAACAAAAAAUCACCAAAACAUUCCUCCUCAUGUUGUUCCUCUUCGUKUUGUGUUACAUGACAGCCUGCGCUUUUAUAUACUUGCUGAACUUGUGUGACAAGUGUAGCUGUUUUGUCAUCCAGCUGUCACGCAAUCUUCAGUUCUUGUUGAUACUGUCGAAUUCGUGUAUGAACCCGUUUGUUUAYUCGUGGAGACUGCGCAACUACCGGCGCGCUUUUUUGUAUGUCAUCACUUGUGGGCAUAAAGGAGGUAAUGAAGCUGCGAGACUWCGAGAAAUAGAGCUUAAAAGCUUCCGRAAGUCAUCGCUAAAAUCCGGAUCGAGUUUGAGACUGAGAAGAGAGAGCCUAARACCAACUUUUUUGGAUGGAUUGGUGUCAUAAUGGGUUUCCUGUGUUAUGGGGAAGAGUGUUUGAAAGUGAGUUCGUCUCUACCUGUUUCAAGUAUGUAAAGUGGCAUUUGAUUGGCCUCCCAUCGCAGCACUUAAUUGGCUUCCUACAAGGCGUCAAAACAUUAACAUACCACCUUGGGCGUAUACAGGACUUUAAUAAUAAAAUAGCAUUUUAUUGGCUUCCUGUUGGUACAUUAAAAUGGCUUUCUUUAGUCUUCUUGAGGUGUUUAAGGUGGCAAAUGUGAAUAUAUGGGCGUAUUAAGACUUGUCAUCAUAAAAGUGCUUUUUAUUGGCUUCCUGUUGGUAUGACGCUAAACUGGUUUCCUAGGUACUCUAGCUUUGUCAAGGUUCCCAAAAGGUUAAUUUUWACGUGAACAAAAGAYAUUUUAGUGGUUUUCCUGUUGGAUUACGCUGACACUUAACUGGCCUCCCAAACGUUUCCUUAUUGUGUCCAAAGCGUGGACUAUAUUUUUGUAUAAAAAGAUUUUCAAUUAAAAAAUAAUUUCGAGUGACAUUGGAUUGGCUUGCUGUUGGAAUAUAUUGACAUUUAACUAGCUUCCCAUACGUUUUCUCAAUGUGUCCAAAGCGUGGACGUAUAUUUUUGUAUAAAAAGAUUUUCAAUAAAAAAGAUUUUCGAGUGACAUUGGAUUGGCUUCCUGUUGGAUUAUGUUGACACUUGACUGGCUUCCCAUUGUUGUCUCUGUUGAUUUAUCGAUGACAAUGCUGCAUUGUUUUCCCGUGAAGAGGAACAAAGAAUUCAAUUAACGCGCAGUAGUUAUUCAUAGUUAAGUACCUUAGUAAAUUUAAAUCCUCUCCAGUCAAAAACCCAUUUCUCUGAAUUUUGAUUGACAUUAUUUAAAGCACUGUACUUAAUCUUAAGUGUARCAUAACAUGUAAAAAUAUCUGAAGAUUUGAAGAUAAUAAAUUGUUU